AGUGAAAGACUAGGGAGAAGGAUGGCUAGUGAGGUUUAGAUCAUGUUGAGCCCUACCUUUGUUUUGUGGGAUGUUGGAUAUCCCUUAUACACCUAUGGAUCCAUCUGCAUUAUUGCAUUAAUUAUUUGGCAAGUGAAAAAGAGCCGCCAAAAAUUAAGGUUGGGACCUAACAGGAGCUGUUGCCAGUGUCACCAAAGAGUCCAACAAAAGUCUGGAGAUAGAACAUCAAGAGCUAGGAGAACUUCUCAGGAAGAAGCCAAGAAGUUGUGGAAGCUGCUCUUUCUCAUGAAAAGGCAGGGCUGGCUUCCUCAAGAAGGAAGUGUGCGGCGAAUUCUGUGUGCAGAUCCCUGCUGCCAAAUUUGCAAUGUUAUGGCUCUGGAGAUUCAGCAAUUGCUGGCAGGUGAGAACAACCAGAUCUCCCUGACUUCACAGGGGCCAUCACAGGGCUCCUCUUGCCUAGGGGCUUUGUCUACGUCUAAUGUGUCUUUUGAGCAUAGUCAGGAUCUGGGUUCCCCGAAAUCCAAAGAGCUUUCACUGGCAUCUGUAACUCCAACACUGUCACAAUUAAUGGAUCAGAAAUCUUUAACCCAGUCAGCUGCCCAGUCAGCUGGUGCAGAGAGCAUUCAAGAUUCCUGGGCUGAUCACUUUCAGCGAGGACAGAGAUCGCAAGUCCCAGCUGUGUCCCAGGUCGUGGGAUCUCUGUCUUCAAACUUUGAGAAGCCUGGAAUUCCUCUGAGCCAGCAGGAGAGGAAGAAAAACAACUCCAAAUUUGUCCUGGAGAACCAAGAAGCUCCAGAAGUUGGCUUGGAUAACAAGAUGAAGCUGUUUCUGCACUGGAUUAACCCUGAAAUGAAAGAUCGAAGGCAUGAGGAAUCCAUUCUCCGUUCUAAGGCUGAGACAGUGACCGAAGACAGGAGAAAAAACGUUAAGAGUCCAACUGUCACCAAACAUCAUGUGUGGGGAGCUACAACAGAGAAGACAACAGAGGACCCUGAGGCUCAGCCUCCUUCUACUGAGGAGGAAGGCCUGAUCUUCUCUGAUGCCUCCCAGUGCCUAAAUAAUCUGCUGUAGCAACACUCCCUUCAGUCCAGCCAAUCCUGGGUCCUGUGCCACUCCUACAAAUGUUCCAAACUCUGUCCUCAAAUGACUUGUGCCACUCAACAAGGAAAUCUAUCCCAGGUCUCAACUCACCUCAGCAGAAGGCACUGGUUUAUGCAAGAAUACCCAUUACAAGAAAAAGGAGUUCAUAGGUUCCUGAACCUCUGCAUCCCCCUGAAAAAGGCUUUCAUUGCCAUUUCCAUUAACAUGCAGGUGAAGCAGGGCAUUCUCCAAAUAUACUUUGUACCUUUAAG